GGACCUUUCUUCCUUGAUCCCAGGGUGGAGUCAAAAUGAAUCUAACAGACAACAUCCCUCAUGUCACUGCCAACUUCUCAUUCAAAGAGGUACUGGGGGUGGCAGGUGGAGUUAUAAUUAUAGCUUAGAAAAAAGCAGCAUCAGCAGCUGUCACUUCUGUUUGUUCCUGGCUGUAACUGUCAUCAGUGGGUAAAUUGGCAUAAACAGGCCUCCACAAGUGGAAAAACACUUAACCCCUGUACUUGUCACACUCUGGGUCCUCUCAGUGGCCAGAGAACAGAAAGAAAAUCUGACUGUGGAUGGGCAAAGGGUGACACCGGGAGCGCAGCACCAGCCUGAAGGCGCCUCUUCAGGGGGAGCCCGAAAUUUGAAGAUUAUCUUUCCUGGUGGAGACUCCAAACCAAAUAAAUAGGUUACUCUUCAAGUGGAGAGGCAGCAUCUACAAACUACUGUACAGGGAAUUUAUUGUCUUUGCUGUUCUUUACACAGCAAUAAGUUUGGUGUACAGGUACUUUUCUUUGCAUGUCUUCUUAAAUGGCAAUCAAAUAUUGUAUAAAAAUACAGUGUCAAAAAUCUGAACCCUUUUAUUGCCACUGACUCUGCAUUAUACAACUUCUUUUUUUCAUGAGCCUCUCUUUUGUCUUCUUCCCUUCAGGACAGAUUUUAAUCCACAGUUAACCAUUGUUAGGAUGUAAAAUAGACUCUUACUGUAAGAUUCAGGUAGCCUUCAUGCCAGCCCCAGCUGUGCUUCAAGACUGUUGCAAUAGGCAUAAAAUGGAAGGAUUCUCCUUAGAUCCUUACUACAUAAAGAUUUUUGAAUGGGCAGAGUCCACAGGCAAAUAAUUAUUGGUGCUUCUAUCCACUUGUCAUUCAUAGUUUGUGAUUUGACAACUUAUAGCCAGUACUUAUAUAAUGAACAUGGUCAUGAUUGGUGUAUUUCAGGUGAAAGCUUUCCUUCCUUUUGCCUGGAAUGAAAAUAUCUUACCCAGGAUGAUGCCUGCCACCCUUAACAGUACCUCAACUAAAGGAAAUUCCUGUAGACUAAUUUAUUUUCUUUAUAUCUUCUGAGUUGAGGGCAUGUUAUGUUCAGGAAAAGAGGUGCUUAUUCUUUAUAACAUCACAACAUAUGCCUGUCAAAUUGGCAGGAAAUGUGAGCAAUAUCAAGUCCAAGAAAUAGUUUAAUGAUGAAAAAUUAUAGUGUUAAUAAAAUUCUAUUGGUAUGAUAAAAGGAGAGCUUUAUGAGCUUUUAAAGCUUUUUUAAUUAAAAUUUAAUGCAUAAAUUUAUUCUCUGGAGGACGCUAAAACUUAAAACAGGAAAACUAAAGGUUUUUGAGACUGUAUUUCCUUUUUCUACAUACGUAAGUUUGUUAUUUUUCUUCUGCAUAUAGAUAAACAAAAUUGUGUUGUAUUGCUCUCACAUUCUUCCUUGUAGCCAUAGGAUCUCCUUUGGUAAAAAAGGAUACUAAUUGAGUUGACUGACAAUUAUUAAAAUAAAAUAGGUAGAGCUAUUUUUCUGUGCAUCAAAACAACCCUUCUGAGCAAUUGUACACAUUGGUAUAUAUUUUGACAAAAUAUUUUUAGAGGGAAAAUCUUAUUAAAAACCUCUCAUAAUUUUUCAGACAUAUCAUAUAAUAUGAUAUUAUUUUGGCAAUUUAGGUAUGUAUCACCUAAGCCUUCAGAAUAUGAAAUGAUGGAAGAUACAAUGGUGUUUCAUGAUAAUUAUCUCAUUAGUUCAUUUUUACUCAUGCAAAUGUAUUGCAGCUAUUGCUGCUAAAAAUAGAAUAGAAUAGCCCUUAGCACAGUUGCAAUGUAGCUAGAAAUGCUCCUUUGGGCCUCAACUUUUGUUCCAAUAUCAUACUUAUACCCCCCAAAAUUUUAUGCAUAUAUUUCUUCUAAAGCAAAGAGUGCUUACAUUUAUUUCAAAAAUUAUCAGUUCAAGUCAUCCUUAAUUUUCUAAAGUUCAAUUGUAACACCUUAUUAAAAUAGAUCUUUAUAUCCUAAUCAAAGGUAUACCAAGGGCUAUAGGAUGAGUUUCUCAAGGAAGUCAAACGUAUCUGUAGAUAAAUACAGACGUAGUUUUAUUCUCUGUCUUUAUUAGCUCUAUUAUAAGUAAAUAAUUAUUCUUAACAAAAAUUAUAAGGAGGAACCAGAUUCAUUAAUUUGAUUACAUUUCUAUUUUUGGAGGAAUUUGACAAAAUAAUUUUUGAAAUACUUUCUAGCUAUUAAAAUUUCUACGUCUAUUAGCCAAAGAUGUUUUCUUUGCCCAAUUAUUUAUACCAACCAUUUCAUUAUUAACUAAGUAUGAGACAAUUUGUUAAGUGGUUUUACACACACACACACACACACACACACACACACACACAUACACACACAUUAUGUUAUUUAAUCUUUGUAAUACCCCAUAUAGAUUUUCUACCCCUACUUACAGAUGAGAAAACUGAGACUCAGAGACAUUUAAAAAUAUUCUCAAAAUCCAAAUUUGUGUCAGACCUGGGAUUAAAAUCUGGCUUUGUCUGAUCUUGAAAAAAGUCCAUGCUUUCCACAUUUAAAGGCUCUUUGACCAUUUCUAUUUGAACAUCAGAAACCAUUCUGGCCGUAGUUUGUCAUCAGCAUUACCCUGAUAGACCUCUACAAUAACCUGGUACCUCUCCUGUCAGCUUUCCCUGACUUCAGUAAUUCUAAUACCUCUUCCAAAGCUGAGGCAGGAACUCCAAGCUCACCCUGUACCCCACAUACCUUCUUUGUCAGGACCAGCUCCCAACAGCUCUUUAUCUGCAAUCCAAUUGGUUGCUUACUGUUAUCUCAUUAUCCCUUUGCUUCCUUUAUGAAAGUUCUAUGGACCCAAAUGAGCCUUUGGUGCUUGUUAUAAUGGACCUUUCCUUGGGUUCCUUCUUCCUUUGAAACAGUUACACUCAUCAAUUUAUUUGAAUUCAUCUGUUUGGCUUUCCUUCCUAUAUUUUUGUCAUUAUUAUUAGUUUGCCAUAAAACAUUUCUUCAGACUCUGAAUCUCUUCUCUAUAAUCAAUAAUGUUCUCAUUAAAUGCACUUAUGUUUAAUGAUACCAGAAAAUGGGCUUUGGGGGCAGGUUGGGUUAGAUCUAUAAUACAAAUUUUGAGAGAGUGACUAAAUUUAAUAAUGAAAGUUUUCAUUUUUCACUGUUAAAUUUGUUUUAGACUUCGAACAAUUCUGGGCUUUAAAAUGAGGUAUAGUAUCCCUUGAAGCAUAACACAUGAUAAUCAAGAAUGUGCUAAGUAGCACAUUCAGGAGGAAGAUCAAGGUGUCAAAUUGAGGGUUAUUAUUUAAUAAUUACUUAAUACCGUUAAUUCAUAAUAAUACACUCUUUUAAAGGUAUUCCUGAUGAAUAAUUCAAAAAUGAACUAUUUUGUAACUUACCUUGCUCUAAGUCCAAUGAAUCAAUUAUAUAAAACUUUUAAAAUAUAAAGUUUUUAAAAUAAAAUAAUGAUUAAUGAAUCCCACUAUUUAAUGGCCAAUCACAUUUACAAGAUGUUAGCACUUCAAACAUUAAGCAAUUUAAAAGCUUUUGAGACACGUCAGCUUAAGAAAAUAAAAAUUAUUGCUCCUUCAAAAAUAAAACAGAUUAUUUGUGCUUAAUCGUUUGCACUUGAUGUCACUUGCAAAGCAGGUGCAGAAGUAUAAUAUCAUAAAGGGCUGUGCAUUUUAUUUUUGCUCCAGAUUGUUACUUACAGGAGCCCAAAAACGUUACUUUGAAAAAUUAUCAAUUUACUGUGACAGAUAUGCUGAACAAAUUCCAGUAACCUUUGUGCUUGGGUUUUAUGUUACUCUGGUAGUGAACCGAUGGUGGAACCAGUUUGUGAAUCUGCCCUGGCCAGACAGGCUGAUGUUCCUCAUCUCCAGCAGUGUUCACGGAAGGGACGAGCACGGGCGCCUGCUGAGAAGGACGCUGAUGCGCUAUGUCAAUCUCACCUCCCUGCUCAUCUUCCGCUCGGUGAGCACUGCUGUGUACAAAAGGUUUCCCACAAUGGACCACGUGGUUGAAGCAGGUUUUAUGACAGCAGAUGAAAGGAAAUUAUUCAACCACCUCAAAUCUCCUCAUCUGAAAUAUUGGGUUCCAUUCAUCUGGUUUGGAAAUCUUGCAACUAAAGCCCGGAAUGAAGGUAGAAUCAGAGACAGUGUUGAUCUGCAAUCAUUGAUGACUGAAAUGAAUCGAUUCCGCUCUUGGUGCAGCCUCUUAUUCGGUUAUGACUGGGUUGGGAUUCCACUGGUUUACACCCAGGUUGUCACUCUUGCUGUCUAUACCUUCUUCUUUACGUGCCUGAUUGGACGCCAGUUUUUGGAUCCCACCAAAGGCUACGCAGGGCAUGACUUGGAUCUUUACAUUCCAAUCUUCACCCUCCUACAAUUCUUCUUCUAUGCAGGAUGGCUCAAGGUAGCUGAGCAGCUUAUCAACCCUUUUGGAGAAGAUGAUGAUGAUUUUGAAACUAAUUGGUGCAUUGACAGAAAUUUGCAGGUCUCUCUUUUAGCUGUGGAUGAAAUGCACAUGAGCUUACCCAAGAUGAAGAAGGACAUUUACUGGGACGAUUCUGCGGCUCGCCCACCAUACACAUUGGCAGCUGCUGACUACUGCAUUCCCUCAUUUCUGGGGUCAACAGUCCAGAUGGGGCUGUCUGGGUCCGAUUUUCCUGAUGAGGAGUGGCUGUGGGAUUAUGAGAAGCAUGGCCAUCGGCAUUCCAUGAUAAGAAGAGUCAAGCGGUUCCUGAGUGCCCACGAACACCCCUCCAGCCCCAGAAGAAGAAGCUAUGGGAGGCAGACGAGUGACAGUUCCAUGUUCUUACCCCGAGAUGACCUCAGCCCAGCCAGGGAUCUACUGGAUGUGCCCUCAAGAAAUCCCCACAGGACCUCACCCACCUGGAAGAAAUCCUACUUCCCAGAAGGAAGCCCCACGCUGCACUCCAGCAUAGGAGAGCUGUCCACCAUCAGGGAGACCAGCCAGACAAGCACUUUACAGAGCCUGACCCCACAGUCCAGUGUGAGAACCUCCCCCAUCAAAAUGCCCACGGUGCCUGAGGUAUUGGUCACAGCGGCCGAAGCACUAGGGUCCGCAUCAGACGGCUACCACCAUGACUCCGCUACAUCCAUCUUGAGCUCUGAGUUUACAGGGGUUGAGCCAAGCAAGACUGAGCAGCAGCAGGGCCCAGUGAGAUCCAUCCUGUCCCCUUUAGAGAAGGGGACACCUCCUAGAGGCCCCAGUCCCCAGACUGUUUCAGCCAGCACUGAGGGAAACAUAUUCAAGUGUGAAGGAGACCCUGGUGAUACCUUUCUAAAAAGGUGGAGCCUUCCGGAAUUCCUGGAGUCCAGCCACACCUCCCUGGGAAACCUAAGUCCAGACCCCACGAGCUCUCAGCCAGCUCUUUUAGUUGACACAGAAACAUCCUCAGAGAUCAGUGGGAUCAACAUUGUGGUGGGCUCUCGAGUCUCUCCUGAUAUGCUGUAUUUAAUGGAAAACCUGGACACCAAGGAAACAGAUAUCAUAGAGCUGAACAACAAGGAAACUGAGGAACCACCCAAAUGAGUGUCACAAAGUUCUAGGACCUGGUUCUAGCCUAGAUUCUUAUCUCCACAAAAGCAGCAUUAAUCCCAGGACAUACCUGAAGGCUGGUCAACGUUUCUAAAACAUGAUCAUACUGUAUAAGCUACUGAGAACUCUGAAGGGCAUUAUGAUCCUGACUUUUCAAGAACUGCAAAAAAUCAAACACAUUCGCGUCAUCCAUCACAACAUGGCUUUCAUCAGAAGUUACACAAACCGCAAUGACUUAAUCAAAUAAGUCUUAACCAAAUAAGGAAUCUGGAAAAUAUACAUGACUUAUAAAUUCAUAGAUUAUUAGCUGUGAAAGAGUCUCAUAGACCAUAGUCCAAUCCCCUAGACCUAAAGGUCCAGACACACAGGAUUCUCUAUUUCUCUUCUUUUUCUUUUUCUUUAGCCAUAAAGAAAGGAGACAGAUCAAAAAAAAAAAAAAAAGAAAGAAAGAAAGGAGAUACAUCACAUAAAUCACAUAAUGGCUGAAACACCCCCUCUUCCUUUUUUGUUUGAGGUUUUCUAACCUUCUCAUUCCUACUCUCUAUAACUAUUAUUAUCAUUAUCAUUUCCCAAUUUUUAAGCUUUAUCAGCACCAGAACAUUUCAUUCUCUUCAAUUUCCUUUUCUACUUUUCUUUCUUUCCCCUUUUUUCUGUCAUCCAUUUUUUCUUUUCCCUUCUAUCUGGUUGUGCUUCUUUUCUAGUGACUCUAAUCUGUCCCAUUUUUCAGGUUAGAAUAUUUCUUCUUGCCAAAUCUGUUGCUUACAUCUUGCCAUGAAUUUCAAAAUAUAAGACACUGGCAAAGCCUCCUACAGAAUCAUCAAAGUGUCAACAAAGCCAACCUGAUACCCUUCCAGCCUCACUUCCCGUGGAAGGCAUAUAGGAGUGAUGGUUCUCCCCAUGCCCUUCCAGCCACUGCCAUUUCUUUCUGCUUCCACUCUUUGGUCUUGGGCACUGAGAAAAAGGAAGCCAAGAGAAUAUGAAACUUACAUAGCCAAAUGCUAUGGAACCAAUGAAUAAGAUGGCUCGCACCUGUUUAACUCGAACUCUUAUGCAAAAAUCCCAAUCAUGUUGCAACAUGGGACCAGUUACUGUGUCUAUCAGGUCAUUUGGGAAUGAGAUAGGAUACUGGAGCUGGGUGGCUAAUGGGGUACAGGGCUGCAUAAUGGGGAUCAGAUGUUGGCUAACUCCUCCCAGGGAGCUCACGGGACAGCUGUUUGUCAUGGGCUCCCAAGUGCCUAGAGGGCCAUGCCUUAGGAUUGCUGCCCUUACCAUUUGUCAUAUGAUGACACUUAACUACAUAUGGCUUUAGAAAUAAAAGAACCCUCAUAACCACCA